UUUUUCGUAAUAUCUAUUUUAUUGUGGAGAAUAUUAAUGUUUUAUCAUUUUUACCUUGUUUAUAUGAGUAAUUAAGAUACGAACGAUUUUUACUAAUUUUUAAACAUUAUACUCGUGAUUAUAUGCAAUGUCUAAAUUCAAGCACACGGAUCAUGUUUAACAUUGAAGUGGGCACAUGUUACUUUAGGUCCACUACGUAUUCUAGGGACUGGUAUUCGAAAAAGGUUACCCUUCGGCAUGCAAACACAUAUUUUAUAUUGAAUACUGCCAGUACGCAGACCGAAUUCAGAGCUGACGAUUGGUAUUUUUUCCAUAUCCAAAUAAAUUCCGUCACCAGCCUCUAAAACAAUUAAUCCUUCGGUUGAAUUAACGGUCAUAUCGUAGGAGAGUGACUGUAUAAGCACAUUGGCAGCAUCUAAUGUGAUUCCCUCAGAUCCUUUAAAUGAAACGCCAACUUCUGCAUCCAUACUCAAUGAACUAUCGAUGGGACUUGCUAUGCGGCCAGCGCUCACCGUUUUUGCUAAUAAACUUUCGGCGCCAGCUGGAAUGUUGUAGUGUGGGCGAUGGGAUGUAAAGAUAGUAUCACCGCUGGUUGAAUCCCUCACUUCGAAAUUGUUAACAGCUUGAAACUGUAUGCCGGAUUUAUCCAACGUCAAGCGAUUAUAAGCCUGACCAUUCUUAUGGAGCCGCACAUAGACACCAUCAUCACCGAUAAUUGUAACAGGAUCACCUAUAAACCCUUCAAUGCGACCGUUUUGUUUACUGUACACACGAUCUAAAUCGGUGUAUCCGUAAAACUUAAUCAAAUCGUGUUCGGGUAUUAUCUCCAGACCAUUAAUACCUCGACCGAGAUGCAUCACACCGAAUAUUGUGAGCAUAAGUAUGAGAUUGCCUAUGGUUAGUGCCAGCAGUAUAAAAAAGAUCGUCCAAAAGGCAAAAGUUUUACGGCCUUUUUUGAUUGUACCACUACUAACCGCAUCAUAGGCGCAAUGAAACUUUUGUUCUAAGCAGUUAUCAACAUCGGACUGUAUGUGCAGAUCUGACUCCAACGGAAGUGUGGCUGACAAACCAUUCUCCGACGGUGCAUCAUCAGUGUAUGAAGGCGACGGUCCACGCACAAAAGUGUUUCCAUAAUUGUGCAUUGCAAAUGAUUUAAUUUGGCGUUUUGUGACGAAAAUAUUCCUCUGAUAUGUAUUUAAUAGAUACAACUUGCUUCUAUGAAUAGCAAGUGCCACAAUUUUUACUUUAAAUGUGCAUAUGGGAGAAUAUAAAUGUAUAUACAUACAUAUAUGUAUAUGUUUGCAUUUACAUAAAAAUAUACAAAAUCAUAUACAUAUGCAUACUUACAUAUCAAUAUAUCAAGGAAUACAUUUUUUAGCGCUCAUGCGCAGGAAGCGACCCAUUCACUCGUUUUUACCUAAUCUGAACAUUUUCUAUACCCUGAACAAGUUUGAUUAAGUUUGCCACGAUGUUUGUAACACCCAGAAGGAAACUUCUGAGACUCUAUAAAAUAUAUGUAUGUAUGUGUAUCUAAAUGUUCAGCGUGACGAGCUGAGUCGAUUUAGCCAUGUCCGAGAUGUCUUCUCAAAAUUUGGUAAGGGUUAUUAUCUUAGGCAAUAAUGCAAUUUCCGAAGAAAUUGAUCAGAUCGGAUAAGGAUAGCAUACAGCUCUCAGCAAACUGAAUGAUCGGAAUCAAGUGCUUUUAAGAUAUCUUUUGUAUUUGCGAAGGGCGUUAUAGUUAAUAUUUUUUUCUUCUUAAAAUUGAAAAUGAAUUGAAAUAUCAUCAAAACGAACAAUAAAAUUUUAAUUCCAAAUGCUUUUGCUUCUCUAGCAAAUGAGAGUUGGAUGAAUAAUUUCAGAACUCUCACGAAAAGUAUUGGCUUUUUCUAUAAUUAUAUCGAUCAGGAAUGUCUUUCGAAAGAUGUAAUAACUCACUCACUUCCAAAACAUAAUUCGUGGGAAAUGUAAUUGGCGAAUGAGAUAUGUUAAACAAUUUUAAAGAGGUUAUAUUAUGUAUUUGCAUUAUUAGGGAAUGUUUUUGUUUACUUGAUCAGAAUCAAAGUCCUCCAAUUAAAAAGUAUAUAAGAUCGCGGCGCCAAAGAUAUCGUAAUCGUUCCCCAAAGACAUAUUUCUGUUUAGCUUUUGACUUUACAUAUGAUAUUAUUGACAAUAAAUAAAAAAUGAUAGUGAAUCACAAAUUUAUAAUUCAGUUUUUCUGUUUAAGUAUGAGUUUCUUUAUGCUAGUUUUUUAAAUUGUAUUAAACGUGAUGAUGAGAUGCCUUUGCAUGCCAUCCACAUCUUCAUAUUUUUUAUCUUGCCGUGAAUAACCAAUCAUCUUUUGGUUUGAAAUUUGAUUAUAUUAUGGAGUCCAUUGGCGACGAUAGAUAGAUUGAAUAGAGGUGUCCACCGCGACCUAUGGUCCAUUGUGCCCUUCCCUAAGUCACAACGACUCACCUAGUCCCAGCACAUUGAUAAACUCCAAUAUACUACUAGAUGCUAGUGAGGCGACGACGCUUCAGCUGUCAAUUUAAAUAGUGAUGAUGGCAAUAGAACUUCUCCGGAAUUAGUUAUAAAUAAUACCACUUCAAAAUCAGACACCAUACAACAAGUUUGUUUUGGGGAAUACAUAUGUAUUUAAAUUAUAUCCACUACAUGAAAACAAUUUAAUUUGUAAGCGAAUUAAUUUUAACGUAAAAUUACUUCACAGGAUAGUAUAAAAAAAUUUUAAUUCAAUCAUGAAUCACCCUGUUUUUUGGUAACAAGCAUUCCACACCACAUUGCCAUAAUUCAGUUUCUUCCUAUCGACUUGAAAAAAAAAUCUAAAGGUUUUAUAAAAACGUUUGAAAAUAGCUAAAUAUAUUUAUGGAACUUAGUUGAUUUUAUGCCCAACAACGCACACGCAUGAAAAAAAUAUAAAACAUAUAUGACUUUUUUUAAAUUAAUUUCGUCCAAUAUUUAUUUCAAAGGAAUUCAGUGGCAGCCUUACUAACUACUUUUAACGAAAGUGUUGAAUUUAACGAAUCGUGUUGAGGUUCGCUUUCCAACGAAGAAAAAGAAGAAAACAAAUUAUGAAUUGAAUGGCGUUACUGAAAGUGGAAGCAAUAAUUCAUUGUCAAAAAUAUAACCAAUUUAACAUAGUUUACAUAAAUUUGCGUAAAAAGUGACGUAGAAACGCGGUACCGAAUCGCGUUAUUAGCCAAAGCGGCUAAUGUAAGGAACCGUGAAUGAAAUUUGAAGUGCCAGCUAGAUAGCGGCGAUUAACUAAGUGUGCCUACGUAUGUGCACUUUUUUAUUUGGGAAAGCGAGGAUUUUUGGUCGUCGACGACAACGGCCAUCACAUUGAACGUGAAUAACUAAAUUAAUUAAUCUGUUCUCUGGUUAGAUCAGAUUGUGUCCUGAUAAAAAGUUAUACUGAAAACACUCUUGUAAUUUUUUGGCGCAAGAUUUUAGUUUUCAACUUUGAAUGAAUUGUUAUAUUUCUUCACUGUCACUGUACAACCUAUCCAUACAUUUAAACUAUGAGAUUUUGAAUACUGACUGUAAAGUGGACUAUUUGUGUUUAAAUAAAGUGCAUUUUAUGAACGUGUGCAUGGUGCAUUUUGCAGAACGCUUGUGAAAAAGGCAUUGAAGAGUGAAAAAUAGUCGCAGUAGCCGCUAUGGUCACAGCAGCAUGCAAGCAGGCAGGCAGAAAAAUGUGAGCCAUGCAAAGAGGCUGCGUUGUGAAAGAAAAGAAACGAACAAGAAGCAGCAUUUAGCAGUUGUAGAAAAAAAGACAGAACCAAAGGUAGAAGGCGUACAAGAGUAAAAAGGUUAAAGAAGAGUGGAAGGAAAAUAGGCAGCCCUUGGCUGCAGGCUGCCCGACAAGACACCAGCCGUGUCGCAGCGGACGUACCUAAAAGUGGAUCAACUACUAUUGUAAUCUUAAUUUGAUUACUAUGUCGCCAUCUAUUAAGAAAUGAUAACAACGAUUUGGUACUCCGGAGACCUUGCCCAUUUCCUCAUAUAAUCCGAAUUAAAAUCGCAGAUCACUAAAUAAGUCAACGGAAAUUGCGUUAACGACAGCAUUGCAUAUGAUAUGUUCUUUUUACUAAAGAGCAUUUAUAAGGAGCACGAAAUCCUCAGAUGAUUGUACAUCCAAAUGUGCCAUUGAAAUUAAUAAUUAAAAUUAUUAUUGACAAAGUAAAAGGCUUUUAAGAGAGAAAGAGUGGCUAGCUAAAUUUUAAGGAUACUUCUCUUAAUUAAACCGCGUAUACUCGUAUAACAAGCACGCGGAAACUUUUUUUUAUUGAUUAGGUGAGUCAAAAAGCCGUCAACAUUAGGAAGAAAAAUACUACGAAUAUGACCCAUCAUCUCGGUAUGGCUCCAUAUCGUUUGACGGGUCCAGCCGGUGGGUUAUGCCCUCCUGAUUUUAAACCGCCACCGCCAACGGAUAUAAUUUCUGCUCCAAGUAAUCCGAAAAAGCGACGGAAAACAUCGAACGCUAAUUCUGUAGCGGCAGCAGCUGCGGCGGCAGCAGCGGCUUCGGCAGCUGCUAAUUCAAUGCAAUCACAAGCUCCUCCCACUCCUGCAGAUUUGUUACCUCCUCCACCAAUGGGAGGUUUUGGAGACACUAUCGUCGCAUCCAACCCCUUUGAUGAUACACCUCCCAGCAUGUCGAGUAGUAGUAUGUCUAGCAUGAAUCAUAUGGUAGGCCCGGGUCAUUUUGGUCCGGGCGGUAUGGGUGGCCCUCAUAUGGGAAUGGGGGGACCUCAUGGUCCACCACCCCACAUGCAUCCGCAUAUGCACUCCCAUCAUCCCGGUGGGCCUCCUCACCCACAUCACAUGGGGGGUCCGCCAAUGCGAGGAAUGAAUCCAAUGGGAAUGGGUAGUCCUAUGGGCGGACCUGGUCAUCCAAUGGGUCCUGGAGUUGGGCUCCCACCGCAUAUGAAUCAUGGACGAGCAGGUGGACCAAUGGGUAGUCCUAUGGGUGCAAUGGGCGGCAUGAGUCCUAUGGGAGGUAUGGGAGGACCCAGCAUAUCUCCACAUCACAUGGGAAUGGGAGGAUUGUCACCUAUGGGUGGACCAGGACCAGGGCCGGGACCUGGGCCUAACGGACCACGUGCAAUGGGAUCACCAAUGGGAAAUCCGCCUGUAGGUACCGUAGGAGGGCCCCCAGGUAUGUCUCAUGGGCCUGGUCAAGGAUCACCAAUGAACUCGUUGCCAAUGGGAUCACCUAUGAGCAGCGCGAUAGGUAGCCCUCUUGGUCCACAUCCACCUCAUCAUCAACAACAGUCUCAGUCUCAACCUCCGCCGCAUAUGAACAAUGGCCAGAUGGGCCCACCCACAAUGCAUAGUCCACUAGGGAAUGGUCCAGCGAAUCAUAGUCAUUUAGCAGGAGGACAAGGACCCGGGCCUGGUGGUUCUUUAUCGUCGCAGCAACUAGGAACAAAUAUGAUGGGCACCAUGAGUGGUCAAUGUAGUAAUAUUGGUCCAGGAGGAAAUUCUCCAGCUGGGACAGGACCUGCAAAUAAUCAGAAUAAUAGCAAUAACAACAGCAACAACAAUGUAAGUAAUAGCAACAACAAUCAGAAUCAUCAUCUCUCACCUGCGGGGCGUAUGGGAGGUGCGACGUCUCUAAGUAAUGGACCUAUGCCACCGUCAUCCUCGUCGGCAACGACAGCAACGUCAUCAGCUUCGUCCAUUUCUGUACCAACAUCUUCUCCUGCGCCAGGAGGUGUAAAUCCCGGAAUGUCUCCGAUUCAUUCAUUAAGUGGUAAUAUCACCGGAGGUCCCGGACGAAGUCCUAGUAUGGUAAAUAAUGCAGGUUCAGGCGCUGGACCAGGACCAAGCCCGUUACAAUCUCCUUCGUUGGGUAGUGGUGGGAGUGGAAAUAUUGGUGCUAGUCCAAUGGGAUGUGGUGUAGGCGGCAACACAACUGGUCUCAACAUAGGUCCUGGCAGUGGCAACAGUAGCAAUAAUAACAGCAACAAUCCCAUUAAUGGACCGAUGAGCUCGAGUGGAAGUGGUCAGAUGAGUGGUCCAAUGCAGCAACAGCUGAAUGCGAAUGUUCCUAUGCAGCAGCAGCAGCAACAACAACAACAGCAGUCUAUGGCGCUUGGCGGGAACGCGAGUGUUGGACCUACUGGCCAAAUACAAAUGAACAAUAGCGGAGGUCCAGGCAGUAUGGGUUUAAUGGUAGGUCAAGGACCUGGUAGUCAAGGAAGUGGUUCUAGCCAGGGACCAUCCGGAAUGUGCGGUGUUAUGAGCGGCGGUGGCGGACCCAAUCAAAUGCUUCCUCCUCAACAACCACAUCUAGGACCAACCCAACAACAAUUAAUGAAUCAUUCACACCACCAUCCGGGAGGACCAAUGCCACCUCACAUGAUGGGCGCUGGACCCAACUCGCAUAUGCACGGACCUGGAGGUAUGAUGCCACCACACAUGGGUGGUCCUGGAGGACCUAACCAUCCGCAUCCACCUCAUCAUAUCAUGGGUGGUCAUGGCGGCAGUUCGCACAUAGGGCAUAUGGGCGGUGUACCUGGACCUGGUGGCGGCGGCGGUCCUGGUGGUAUGAAUGGACCACCACACCCCCACGGACAUCAUCCGCAUGCCCAUCCUCACGGACCUCCACAUACGAUGGGCGGACCAAAUCCAAAUAUGUUCGGCCCUGGUGGUCCUAUGGGACCAGGCGGUCCAAUGAGCGGCCCUGGUGGUCCAAUGGGCCCUGGCGGCCCAAUGGGUGGCCCUAUGGGAGGUCCUAUGGGUCCCAUGAGUGGUCCAGGUGGACCAAUGGGCAACCUUGGUAGCGGCAUGGGCGGCCCAAAACCUAUGCCAAUGGGCACUGGUAAAAUGUAUCCACCCGGACAACCGAUGGUGUUUAAUCCUCAAAAUCCGAAUGCACCACCGAUCUACCCUUGCGGUAUGUGCCACAAAGAGGUCAACGACAACGAUGAGGCAGUAUUUUGUGAAUCGGGAUGUAAUUUCUUCUUUCAUAGGACGUGUGUGGGUCUCACGGAGGCGGCUUUUCAAAUGUUGAAAGAUGAGGUGUAUGCGGAAUGGUGCUGUGACAAGUGUUUGUCUUCCAAGCCAAUACCUAUGGUAAAAUUUAAAUGUUGAAACAACACAUGGACAGCGCGUUAGCGCUUUGGCUUAGAACUUAAUUGACAGCAGAAACAGUGGGUAUAUCUAGCUGGCGUGUUGAAAACACGCAUCUUUACUGAGACCGCCAGCUAAGAAAUGGUUGUUAUUGGUGCCGAGUAGCAUUGAAAGCAGGAGCAACAACGACACAAGACACACAACACCAAUGUAGAAUAAUAGUUAAAAUAAGUUCGGGAAAUGACAGCGACUGUGAAAACCGUUGGCUGCACACUGACGCACAAUGAACGGCCCAAUCAUACAAACUAACACACAUAUUCACGCUCACCUACAAUCACAUAAACACAUACUACUUUGUAUAAAUUUAAUUGAAAUGCAAACAACUAAAUAGAAUUAAGAUACUAUCAUUAAAUAACAUAGAAAGUAUAACAUAAAAAUGAAAUUUAGAAAUAGAAUUUAUGAAUGAGUGGAUUAAAUGGCAUAUGCAGUUUAAUGAAAGUAACACACGUGCAGACGCACAUCAAAGUCGAUCGAACCAAACGUUUUUUUAAAGGGGAUACAGUGCAAAUAGGUGCAAACUAAGUUUAAUCUUAAGAUAUGCACUAAUAUUCCACAUAGAAAUCCCACCCCCAACGGCCUUGUGGGGAAAAAGUUAUACCAUCGAAAAGCGCAAUUGCGCUAAUUUAUCUAAUUUACAUUUGGCGCACACAAACUGCUUUAUAUACAUGCGCAUUGAGGUCUCACAUAUGAUUUUACUAUAACGAGUCGGUCCAAAAAAAAAAUACCACACUUCAAUUAAAUUGUUUACGAUUUAUGACAAUCUAUGGAAAUUCCACGUAGAUUCUUAUUUAAGUUUGUAUUGUUUUUAAAAAUCCUAAAAAAAAGAUCUGAAGUUUAUAAAAAUGUUGAAAAUUUUACAUUUCAACUCUUUUGUGUUCUUGUCUACUCGUAACACCAUUUUUUUUGUAUCGGAAAUUUUCUACUCCCUAAUAAAAUUUUUGAUUCAAAUUCAUGUGUAGUAAACCUUGUAAUACACACUACAGUUAGCUGAAAUUGCUCAAUUAUAAACUUAAUAAAUUCUUUCAUUCACAUGAUAUUUAAAGAUGCAUAUGAAAAUUAAAUUUUUUAUGGAUUUAUGAAACGUAUGUUUAUUUUUUUAAAUCUCAGUUGACUGCAGCGUUAAAACAGAACCGAAGUGUACUUUGUUUGGAUAUAUUAUGCCCAAACCUUAAACUUUAAGAAACUGUUCUCUACUUAUUGCUGUAAUGCUGUGUGUUGCGACGUAUAUAUCUAGUGUUAGUUCCUGCGCCAUCUGUUUAGUUUUUUUUUUACAAUUUUUAUUUUAUUAUUAUUAUUAUUUUACUUUCGUUCGGUUUAGUUUUAUGUUGUGUGUAAGUGCUCCAUGUUUUAACUAAAAACAUUUUUUAUGAAAGGUAAUUCUGCAUGUGUUAAUCAUAAAAGGUAAUAAUAAAAUAACAAAGAAAGUAACGUUGAAGAUAAAAAAUAUAUAAAUUAUACGAAAGCUGUAAUUGCCGAUAUGUAAAAUUUACUAACUAAAAAAAUUUAACAUAGUCAUAAGUAUAUAAUUAAGUAAUUGAUCAUUAUUUGAUUAUAAGACGAAUUAAAUAUUAUGCAAUGAACAAUUAUACGAAAAUUAAAAAUAAACGAAAACAAAAGUAGGUAAACUAACAAUAAAAUACGCAAACAAUGAAUAAUAAUGAAAUAAGUACUAAAUUAUAUUAACUGGGAAAGCCAAUAAUAAUGUGUAAUAAGCAGUUGUAGCGAAUACAAAUUAAGAGCAAAACAACAAUUAAAUGGACAUCUUUUUAAAUGUUAUCGCAAAUAAUAAUGAAAA